GUGCGCGCGCGAGAGAGAGAACGAGCGAGAGUGGCGGACGCGUGCACGUCUGCCUCCGUGUGUGUAUAUUUCGGCUCGGCUGCUGUCGGUCGGUUUUUCCCGGAUAAAGAGGGAGCGGGUCGACGGUCCUUCGCUCGAGUGUGUGCGGAGAGUGCGUGCGUGCGUGCGGAGCAGCCGCGCGGCCUUUAACGGUUUCUGUCGCGUCAGUGUGUGUCAGUGUGUGUGUGUGUGUGUGUGUGUGUGUGAGAGAGAGAUGGUGAUGGAGAAGCCGAGUCCCCUGCUCGUAGGACGUGAGUUUGUGCGGCAGUACUACACGCUGCUGAACAAAGCUCCGGAUUACCUGCACAGGUUUUACGGCAGGAACUCCUCGUAUGUUCACGGAGGGGUGGACGGCAGCGGGAAGCCGGAGGAGGCCGUGUACGGUCAGGCGGAGAUCCAUAAGAAGGUGAUGUCGCUGCAGUUCAAUGAGUGUCACACUAAGAUCCGGCAGGUGGACGCUCAUGCCACGCUGGGGGACGGGGUGGUGGUGCAGGUGAUGGGCGAGCUGUCCAACAGCGGCCGGCCCAUGAGGAGGUUCAUGCAGACCUUCGUCCUCGCUCCGGAGGGAUCUGCUGUCAAUAAGUUCUAUGUGCACAAUGACAUCUUCCGCUAUGAACAAAAGCUGAUCUGAGAGGAAAAACAACACACAUCAGAGUCUGAGGAAGAGGAGGUUGAAGAGGAGCAGGUGGAGACUCACGCUUCCCCUGAACCGGCCCCGGACCGUCCCAGCAGCAGCACCUUCUACGAGCCUCCGGCGCCCGUCAGUAACGGAGUCGAGGAGCAGCAGGAGGAGGCGGUGCCCGAGGCGGAGUCAGAGCCCCAGCCUGAGGCCAAUCAGGAGACGGAGGCGGAGCUUAACCCAGAAGCAGAGCUGCAGGUGGCUGAGGCGGAGCCGGAGGAGGAGGAGAAACUGCCAGAGGAGGAGAGAGGCUCCACCCCCGGCCUCGCUCUGACUCCGCCUGCGUUCUCCUGGGCUCUGGUGACCAGUAAGAAUCUUCCUCCGGCCGGCGCUCUUCCCGCCUCUGGAAUCUCGCCUCACGUGGUGAAAGCAGCUCAGCCGCGGCUGGAGCUCAAGCAGGACACUCAGUCCUUACCCAGAGAUCAGCGGCGCGAGAGACCAGGCUUCCCUCCACGAGGACCACGAGCAGACGGCGGCAGCUCCGAGGCUCCGGGUGGGAAACAGUACGUCAGUUUUAAGGGCCGCGGUGACGGUGACGCCGGUGAUGUGGAGGGCCGCCGGUCCGUUCGUUAUCCAGACAGUCAUCAGCUCUUCGUUGGGAAUCUCCCUCACGACAUCGACGAGGGCGAGCUGAAAGACUUCUUCAUGACGUUCGGGAACGUGGUGGAGAUGAGGAUCAACACCAAAGGCGUCGGAGGGAAGCUGCCCAACUUCGGCUUCGUGGUGUUCGAUGACUCUGAGCCGGUGCAGAGGAUUCUGGGAUCCAAGCCCAUCAUGUUCCGCGGGGAAGUGCGGCUGAACGUGGAGGAGAAGAAGACCAGAGCGGUCCGCGAGCGGGAGACCAGAGGAGCGCCGGACGGCCGGCGUGGGCCCCGGGGCCCCCUGGGGAAUGGGAUGGGGCGUGAGCGUGGGCCGGCCUCCUCCAGGGGCCGAGGGGGAGAGAGCCGCUUCACGGGCCCCCGCCGCUGAGCGCAGAUGAAGAUCCUCUACUCGUUCCAUUGUUUUUGUUUCUCUCAUGUCUCUCUCUGGCUUUCGGACUGUGACCGGCCUCCAAGACUCUCAGACUCCCGCCGCGCUUUCCUUUCUGUUAUUCUCCUCAUGAUUUUGCGCAGAAGAACAGGACAGUGUGAUUAUUUUUUUUUUUUCUCUAGAACAGAAGCUGGAUGUCAGGAACGGAUUUCUCACAUUUUAUAACGGAUGAACGUCAGCGCUUCAUCAAUCAGUGCUCAGUGUACACUUAUUUAUUUUCCCAGUAAAUAAAACAGUGGUGGUGCCUUAACUGGACUCUGGGCCGUCUGUCUGUGCGUCUCCCGCGAGUGUCCAGUGUUAGCGGUUCACAGGUGCUGAUCCGGACGCUCCAGGUGAGAGCUGGUUCUGGUUCUGGAGUCGGUGUGUCUCUGCAUGGCUGUUCUGGAUCCUGCUGCUCUUUCCAUUGAUUUCUGGAGCGUUUCUCACCACUGUGCACUGCGUUUGGUUCUGGGUUCAGACUGGACUUCAGUCCGCUUCAGCAGGUUUUUGUUUGAAUGUGUUUUCAACUUUCAAUAAACUACUGAAAUCUGCAAA